UCCGCAGUGGAUAAAAAAUCUGAAUCAGUCCUCGAAAAGACGAACGAGACGAACACGCGGUCAAGUCAUCCCGAGCUCCAACUCGUGUUUUAAAAUUCAAUUGUCCAAUUGUCCUCAUCAACUCGGCGUCUGGUUGAUAAGACAGCUGAUAAGAGACACGCAGGCACUGGCCACUGCGGAUUCAAUUCUCAUUCUCGAUUUGGUGGAACGAGAGGUCGAGUUGAAUUUCCAGGAAUUUGACGUUGAAACCGGCUCUAGGAAGUGAUCGGGUGGUGGUUGGCCUGACGUUUUGUGGAUGGGAAUUUUUUUUUCGGAAACUUCCGACUCUCUGGAGGUAAAUCCCAGUGGUAAUUGGAAUUGGGGUAAAUUGAUUCUGAUUGAGGGGAACACGACGAGAGGAAGACCUGAUUGAUGGUGAGAUGACGUGCAGACAGAGGAGAGUCACCUUCACCCAGGAGGAGAUGUUCCAUAGACUCCAGGAGAGUGAUAAACACUUGGAUGUACCCAGGUUGAACGGGUACUCAAUAAAGAGCAAUGGACAUGUCAAGAUGAACGACUGCGGCAGGACGAAAAAACGAGAAGAAUGCUCUCCAAAAUGCAAAGAGUCCUUCGAAGAACCUUCACUCGUUACCACUGCCCUGACUCACCUCGGUUUUUAUAUUCUCAUGUUCCUGGGAAUCAUCAAUAAAUUGUUGUUCACUCCCCAAGUGGCUAAAGAGCAGAACAGAAAGGGCUAUCCCCCCCUGUACGACGCCUUCGACACAUUCUACCUGAGAUACGUAUACAGAAGAGUCAGGGACUGCUGGAACCGGCCUAUAUGUUCAGUACCCGGAGCGAUGGUCACCCUGAAGGAUAGAGUUACUCACGAUUAUGGGUGGACAUUCCAGUUCACUGGAACCGAGACGCCCUGCAUUAAUUUAGGAUCGUACAAUUAUUUGGGAUUUGCCGAGGCGACUGGACCGUGCGCUGACCAGAGCAUUGAGGCUGUCAAAAAAUAUGGAUUGUCCACCUGCAGCUCUCGCCUGGAGCUCGGGACAAUGCCAAUUCAUUUGGAAUUGGAACGGCUGACUGCGAGAUUUCUCCGAGUAGAGGAUGCCAUUGUCUUCGGCAUGGGAUUUGCAACGAACGCGUUAAAUCUGCCGUCUCUCGUGACCCCAGGGUGUCUCGUCUUGAGUGAUGUAAAAAAUCAUGCGUCAUUGAUUCUAGGGUUGAGACUGUCAGGAGCUGUCACCAGAGUAUUUCGUCACAACAACCUUCAACAUCUCGAGGAGUCCCUCAGAGAGGCUAUAGUUCAGGGUCAGCCGACGACCGGGGCACCCUGGAGAAAAAUAAUAAUCGUGGUGGAGGGAAUUUAUUCGAUGGAGGGCUCAGUGGUGCAGCUCCCAGAGAUAAUCGCCCUGAAGAAGAAGUACAAGGCCUAUCUGUAUCUCGACGAGGCACACAGCACUGGAGCGAUGGGAAAGCAUGGCCGGGGGAUCUGUGAUUAUUAUGGGAUCGAUCCCAAGGAGGUGGACAUCCUCAUGGGGACCUUCACCAAGAGCUUUGGCUCUGCUGGAGGUUACAUUGCCGGUUCCAGGGCCCUCAUAAAUCAUUUGCGAGUGCAUAGUCAUGCCCACAGUUACGCAGUGUCAAUGUCACCACCGAUUGCUCAACAAAUUAUAACAUCGAUGACGAUAAUAAUGGGUGAGGACGGCACUGACGCUGGGAAAAUAAGAACAAAGCAGUUGGCGAGAAACACGCGGUACUUUCGACGUAAAUUACAUCAGAUGGGGGUUAUUAUCCUGGGGCACGAGCACUCGCCAGUCAUUCCGAUGAUGGUGUACCUCUAUUCGAAGAUUGGAUUGGUUGUUCGAACCCUCACCGCUAAUAAAAUUGCCACUGUGGGGGUGGGAUUCCCUGCUACACCACUGAUGGCUGGAAGAAUACGAUUCUGCAUAUCUGCUGCUCACACCAAACAGCAACUCGAUUAUGUCCUGAAAAAUAUCGAGGAACUCGCUGAUCUCAUUGGACUUAAAUAUUCCAGGAAACCCAGGGACCCCAAUCCCAUCGAGUAUUAUUCCGAUAGUGAAUCGGAGUAGAUUUAUUACGACGAAAAUCGAUCAUUGGAAGACAAUUUUUACCGAUUUAUUAGGAAAAAAUGGAAUUUGGAUUUUCUUGUUUUGAAAUUAUCGCGGGAAAGGGCGGGUUUGACGGAAAAUGCCAGAGGAAUUUUUUUUUGAUCAUGAAUUUUUGUGGAAAAAAUUCCAAUGGCUUUUUUCACUUGUUCUGCCUCCCUUGGGAUGAAUCAGUUUUUUUUUUAAGAUUCUUUGAAUGAUCUUUCACAGUGAUGUUCAAUAUU